GAAACAAUGGCGAGAGAUGCUACUGAAGCGCAAUCCAAGAAACCACACAUCGUCGUUCUCGCGAGCCCUGGCUUGGGUCACGUGACGCCUCUCUUCGAGUUCGCUAAGCGUCUCGUACUCCUCCAUGGCUGUCACGUGACCUUCCUCAACAUCCCCACCGAAGCUUCCCUCGCCCAAACUCAGCUCCUCCACUCACCCAACCUCCCUCUCGGCCUCUCCGUCGUCGAUUUCCCCACCGUUGAUCUCUCCGGCGUGGUCGAAGACGACGCUCCAGCUCUUACCCGUCUCUCUGUAAACGUACAACAAACCUUGCUCUCCCUAGAAUCCAUACUCUUGCAGCUCCACAAGCCUCAAGCCGUCGUCAUCGACUUGUUCUGCACCCAAGCGUUUGAAAUCUGCAAGGAGCUUUCCAUCCGUGUCUUCAUGUUCUUCACUGCUUCCACUCGCUUGCUUGCCUUCUCCUUGUUGCUCCCACAGCUUGACCGUGACGUCGCCGGCGAGUUCGUUGACCUUCCGGAGCCCAUUCAAGUUCCGGGAUGCUCUCCGCUGCGAACCCACGACCUUCUCGAUCAGGUCAGAAGCCGAAAGAGCGACGACUACAAGUGGUAUCUGUAUCACCUCAGUAGGGUGUCAAUGGCGGAUGGAGUGUUCUUGAACACAUGGGAGGAUCUCGAACCUGCACCGGUUCGAGCCAUCAGAGAGAAUGCUUUCUACAAGAAGACCCUCACAGCACCGGUUUACCCUAUCGGACCGGUGAUAAAGGAAACUGAAUCGGUAACAGAAACCGGGUCGGAGUGUUUGGCGUGGCUUGAUAAACAACCAGAGGACUCGGUUCUCUUUGUUGCUCUUGGCAGUGGGGGAACUUUGUCUGCGGAGCAGCUCACGGAGUUAGCAUGGGGUCUCGAGCUGAGCGGCCAACGGUUCAUAUGGGUGGUUCGAGCCCCAGAUGAUGCCAGUGCAUGUGCUUCAUUUUUCACCGUCGGUAACGAUACGGACGCCGACGCGAGGUCCUAUUUACCAGAAGGGUUCAUAGAGAGGGCCAGAGGAAGGGGAUUGGAGGUGCCAUCAUGGGCCCCGCAAGUGGCGGUGCUCCAACACAGUUCGACGGCGGCGUUUCUGUCUCACUGUGGGUGGAACUCGGUGUUGGAGAGCUUGGCUCACGGUGUGCCAUUGAUAGCGUGGCCGCUUUACUCGGAGCAAAGGAUGAAUGCGACGAUGCUGGCAGAGGAAGUUGGAGUGGCGAUGAAAGCGGUGGCAGAGGACACGGCGGAGACAAGGGUUGUUGGGAGGGAGGAGAUAGAGAAGGUGGUGAGGAUGACGGUGGAAGGAGGAGAAGGGAAGGAGAUGAGACGCAGAGCGAGAGAGCUGAAAGAAAGUGCAAUCAAAGCAUUGAGUAACGGUGGGCCAUCUUAUGAGUCACUCGCCCGAGUUGCUACUCAGUGGAAGGCCACCUUGAAGAACUGAUGAUUAUGUACAAGAAACCUGUGUUGCUUGGCUCAUUUGAGCGGGCAUUGUAGAUGCUGUGUUUGUUAUAAGAAAUAAGUUAUAAUUAUAUAAAUAAAAAAUAAAGACAAUCAAUCUUUUGCUCCA